GGGGGCACGUGACUAGCCCAGGCCAUUAAGCCCAGCAAACAGGGAUUAGUUUAGUCUCGACCUCGGGGCCUGCUCUUAGUCCCGGCUAUGUCAGAUCCAAAGAGGGAUUGGGAAAGCAAUGGAAGAAAAGAAUCGCAUACUUCUCCAAUGCCUGCAGUAUGGGGGCCCGGCGCUGGGAGGGCUCCUCCUCCUGCUUGUCCUCAUUCUGUUCACCUGCCUGUGCCGGAUCCAUAGGAGAGUGAAGAGACUGGAAAGGAACAGGGCCCAGACCCCAGAGCUGGAGCUCCAUUAUGCAUCUCUACAGAAGCUGCCCGUGUCCAGCAGUGAUAUCACAGACAGAGAGGAGGGCGAGGGCAUGAAGGAGGACCCCAGCACUGACUACGCCUGCAUCGCCAAGAACAAACCCACCUGAGCACCCCAAACGCCUCCCCCGACCUGGGUGGAUGGUCAAAGUCGCCCUGUGUUCACUUAGUAAAGACUGGUCCCCUA